CACAAUUGCAAUGUUUAUCAUGCCGUCUGAACGUUGUUUGUAUCUCAACACUCCUAUUCAACUUUCACUUCUGUUGCUUCUUAGCGGGUUGCUUGGCGUACUGCUUUUUGUUUUUGCCAAGUUACUGGUUGGAUGCAUAAACAGUUAUGCGGUCGACGCCGUGUCAUCAGAUUGAACAAUAACAUAAUAAAUUUAUGUACACGCACGCAAUUCAGCACUCACAAUAGAAUAACAUGGCCACCGUUCGAAAUCGCCAGAAUACAACAACAAUAACAACAACGGAAACGGAACAACCUUUUGAAAGCAAAGGCAACGAUAACAACAAUGGAAAGCCUGCUGCGGCAAAGGAGAAAACUGAUCCAAUGAUAUAUAUAAUAUUCGUAUCACUCCUCUUUGAUUUACUUGCAUUUACCAUUAUCUUGCCAUUGUUGCCCUCGCUCUUGGAAUAUUAUCGUGUUAAUGAUAGUUCCGGUCUGUAUGACUGGUUAACGACGCGCGUGCGUUGGUUCCAACAGCUCCUCGGUGCACCGGAACGCUAUCUGUCGGUGCUAUUUGGCGGAUUCUUGGGCUCAAUGUUCAGUUUUCUGCAAUUUCUGGCAAGUCCCAUUGUCGGCAGCCUCUCCGACUACUAUGGACGGAAGCCUGUGUUGCUCAUAUGUGCUUCUGGAAUAGCACUCUCCUAUCUUAUAUGGGCCUGCUCCCGCAACUUUGCUCUAUUUGUGCUGGCGCGCAUUGUCGGCGGCAUCAGCAAAGGCAACAUCUCCCUCUCUAUGAGCGUUAUCACAGAUGUCUCCAGCCUGCGGACACGUGGUAAAGGCAUGGCACUCGUUGGCGUGGCUUUUUCGCUUGGCUUUAUUGUGGGUCCCAUGAUUGGUGCCAUGUUUGCAAUAUUCUCGAAUAAAAGCGCCAGCGGCGGCGCUUGGUUUGUUCUGCCCUCCCUCUUGGCUCUGAGCUUGGCUCUAGCUGAUGUGCUACUCCUUGCUUUCUGUUUGCGGGAAACGCUACCCGAGGCAAAACGUGCUCACGAAAUCUCGUCAGCACUGUCAUAUGGGCUGCAAUUGCUCAACGUUUUUUCCAUAUUUAAAUUUGCAGCUAUCAAAAAUGUGCCAAGAAAGGAUAUACAAGCACUACGCAGCAUUGGUCUCAUUUACUUUCUGUAUCUCUUUCUCUAUUCGGGACUGGAAUUCACUGUUACGUUUCUAAUGUAUCAUAAGUUUGGAUACACAUCGAUGGAUCAGGCUAAAAUGUUUUUGACCACAGGUGUCGUUAUGACUCUGCUUCAGGGGUCUGUGGUUCGCCGUCUACCAGAAGCAAAGAUUAAAAGUUAUGCCAUAUUCAGUCUGUAUCUGAUAGUGCCUGCAUUCGUAUUAGUUGGCUUAGCAGAUAACAGUCGUAUGCUCUAUGCGGGCAUGAUACUAUUUGCAGUCUCCACAGCGUUUGCAGUUACCUGUUUAACUACCUUAGUGUCCCGCUAUGGCAACGAUGAUCAAAAGGGAUCAGUAUUGGGGAUAUUCCGGUCGUUAGGUGCACUGGCUCGUGCCCUGGGUCCAGUUGUGGGAUCUAUAGCAUUUUGGUGUGUGGGCUCAAAGAUCACAUACAUAGCCGGCGGACUGCUACUUGUCUAUCCAGCAAUUGCUUUGCAACAUGCACGUAUUUAAAAAGUAUUUCAAUCUGCUUUAAGUAGAAUUAGAACAACAUUUCACGUGCAUAUUUAUAUAUGUAUAUUUACAGAACAAUUAGCAACCACUAGUAUUACUUGCCUUAAAUACUUAAACCUUCUGUUUUUCUUGCAUUUGUUUUAUAUAUUUUAAUAAACAAUUUUUUAUAUCUUUUUCUAAGCAAUGUGAGUUUAAUUUAAGUGAAC